ACAUCGGUUAUUUCCGUAGAGAUGUUGUCACGCUCCGCGCCGCGUUCGGAAACGCUCGGGUAUUUCCGCCGCCCCUCAGUCAGGCGGCUCCGAGGCACUGCCGGCCGGAGCAGCCGUUGGCGAGGCGCGCCCGGCUGAUUGGACGAGGGCAGCCCUUGCCGGGCUGGGCCGUGAGGCAGCGGGGCUGCGGUGGGUCUUUCUCGCUGGGAGCCGACAGGGCGGGAACGCCAGGCAGAGUGCAGAAGGCUGUUGCUGAGAGGGGACUUCAGGGAGCAGUGGCAGAGCUCAGGGAGGGGAGUGGAGGAUGACUCAGCAGGGAGCUGUUCUUCAGGGUUACAAUAAUGAGCUAGUGAAAUGCAUUGAAGACUUGUGUAUGCAAAAAGAAGAGCUGAACAAACAAAUCCAGCAAGCAGAAGAGGAAAAAAAUAAGCUCCAGCAUGAAAUCCAAGUCCUGAGUGAACAACUGGAGUGUGUAUGUGAAAACCUGGCCCAAAAGGUAGCUUCACGGAAUGAGCUUGAUAAAAUUCUUGCUGAAACUGAAGCUGCUUACAUGAAGAUAUUGGAUAGUUCUAGAACUUUGCUUAAUGUCCUGAAGAAGGAAGUGGGAAGCUUAAAGCAUAUGCCAGAACUGAAAACCAAUGUAACGUGAAACGGUCAAAUGUUUGGACUCCACAGUGCUAAAAUUCCACUAGAGGCAGACACACAGCUUCCUGCAGUGGCCAGCCUAAAUCAAGAAGACAGAAGUGUUAGGUACAGACUGUAAAACAAAGGAAGAGGCUGAACAAUUUUUAACACUUAAUUUUAAACAUUUUUCAAAGUAUGAUACCAAAUAGACUGAUCAUGGAGCAUUUUAAAGGUAAACCUUCAUAGCUGUUAUUUUUGAGCUUGAUACGCGUAGGUUCUCGUGCUCCAGUGAGAGCUCUUGUAAGGAUCUUUCCAUUGAUACGUGGUAUAUGGGAACACUUUUAAAAAACUAUUUCCAUCAUGGUCCAUGACAGAUCUGUAACUUAAAUUUUUUUUAAAUCACUUAAUUGAUUCAGUUGAACAUAGUGGAAAAAAAAAAAAAAAAAAAAAAGAAAAUCUCUUUCCUAAAUGCUUUCAAAUCUCCCUGUCUGUAUUCAGAAUUAGAUCAAAUUAUUUUUUGUAGUAUUCUCUUGUUGUUGUUACAUGGUUAUUAACAAGUUGAUACAACUUAGAGACCCAUUCUGAUCUGGCUUGUCUCUCAGUUCCAGAGACAAAAUCCUUUCUGUGUUCUGCAAGCUUUAACUCUUUUUAAAGCUUCUUUUUCCUUAUGCAGUAAGAACACUUUGAGUUGAAAAUCAGAUUGACAGUUAGUGAUGUAUUUUUUAAUAUAGGUGGUAGUCAUGGCUGAAUCAUAUUCUGUCAGAUGUUUGAAAACAAAAAAACCUAGCUAGUAGUAAUUCUUCAUAUGCUUAUGCAGCUGUUCAGUAACAGAAAUCCUGAUGGAGAUUUGUGCUGCUUACUGUCCAGUAGUAAGUGGGGUUACUUGCUGUAAUGGACAAACCCAAGGUAGUUUUCAUUAAAUAUUGGUCCUUCCUCAAGAAUUGUUGCUAGCAUGAAAGGAAUGGAUACUUCAGCCCAGUGUGGAGGGCGUGUGGGGCAAAAGAGACACUGCCUUUUCAGUAGAGACCACCCACUUGUGGAAACAGAGGAGCAUCUUUGUUAGCCUGGCUCAUGGUGGAGGGUUGUGAGACGAUUCAAACCAGGUGGUUAUAAUGGUCACAGAUUACUGUUGCAAGGUCCACUGAAGCAAGCUCACAAAAAGAAAACCUAGACCAUGCUGUCAGUCACAAGGAAUUUGAUACCUGAUCACGGUCAGGUUAUCUUUAAAUGCACAAGCUCAAGUACAGCUGGAAGCAGUGUAGCUGCAACAGUAUUGGGCUCAGCAAGGGUUAAUUUGCCCUGCCAAAAAGCAGUUGACCAUGUGGACACACUUAUGAAAUCUUGUGCGCUUAGGAGUCACUGGACUUGCUGGAAAAGUGUAACCUGUUUCUCUUCUUGAAACUCAGGGAAUUCUGUCUUUUAGUGACAUGCAACAUUAGAUAUGACUCCAUGAGAAGGAUACAUGCUUAAAAUCCUAUUCCUUGUAGGGCCUUUUCUCUGAAGCCUAAAGUGUUCUUGCUUUAGAUUCAAGUUGUUUGAGUUCAAAGACCUGCGGCCAAAGGAAAACAUACAGAUGCCUAAGCUCCACUGAAGUCUGCAAGCCUUUAAGUGGUUUGUAUUCACUGUAUAGUACACCAAGUUCUUGGUCAAACGCUGUCUAAUUCUUCAGUUGAGUUGCAAGUUUUGUGGCUGCUCUUAGUAGUUUAAAUGAUUUGCAACAAGCGUUGCUUGUUCAAUUUGGAAUGUACUUUCAGGUUUUUUUGUUUGUUUGUUUUUUAAUGAAGAAUUCCAUUGAGGCCUCCUGUGGCACUCUGCCAUAGGCAUUCAUGUUGUGCAUAUGAAUAUAUGGGUUUUCUUUGAGAAUGUCAGAAAGAAACUACCUGUACAACAGCAAUUUAAGUGAAACAAGAUUUGGUUUUACGCCAUGCUGUGCACCUUUUAAAAAGUGUUUAAAAAUGCCAAGUGUAUACAUACAUAUAUUUAUAUAGGACAUAUAAACAAGUGCUUCCAAUCAACAGAUCACAAAGUACCUUACAGAGAAUGUUAAUAUCUUUAUCCCCCUUGAUAAACAGUGACAUUUGAUAGUAAUCUGCCACAAAUCAGGAACAGAUCUGGAAAUAGUGGCUUUGCUUUUUCAGCCUCAACUGAAUGCUCUGACUUGGGCUGCUUCCAAGGGAUUCACAUCCUGUUUGGCGUUUGACAUAAACCAACUGGAUUAUGCAUUUUCAACCUGUGUGUUGGGGGAAGGGAAAGAAAUAACUGAGCAGAUGCAUACUUUCUGCUAUUACUCACUUUACAUGGCAUGCAGCAUCAUGAUGAUGUUUGAAAGUAUUACUUAUUUAUCCAUGGAUACACCCUUCAUGACAAAGUAUCCCAGCUCCGGAGCAGCUAUUCUCACUUUCCAGACCUGCUCUCUCCAAGUCCCUACUUACAUGUAUUUGGGAACUGACUGUAGGAGACAGGUCACAGGAACAGAAAGAACUUUUAAUGAUAGUUGCUAAUUAAUUACCUUUUACAAGUCUAACCUUGUUCAGAUGGGUCGUCUUUACAAACCCUGCUGUUUUGUCUCACUUUCAUCAGACCUCUUAUUACCUUAUGCUAGCCUAUGUAAGACCACCAGGUAUUUGCACUGACAGCCUUUAAGGGUUUUCUAGACAUUGAGCCUCCUUGGUGUUUAAGUACAGUGGAGGAUCUGACUUCUAGUCCAUCUAGAAUGGUAUGUAGACCACAUAACAGCAUUCUGACCACAUAUAACAGCAACAGGCUGCGUGGCAACCAUAUUCUGCUACAGCUCGUUUUGGGUUAAUGGAUUUGAGGUACCAUGGCAAGUCAGGAAUUGUAGAGAGAUGGAUGGAUAGGCCUCUUCUAUAGGGAAAAGAAGCUGGCUGUAUGAAUUCAGAUUAAAAAUUACUUUAAUCUAGGACAGGUGACACCUGACAGCAGUAUUUUAUUUCACAUAUUACCAUAAAUACAUGCCCCUUAAAAUAUAUGUACAAAUAUACUGAGCAUUUUAAUAAGUGUAGUAUGUUCUCGGUAGAAACCUGUCUAAUAUAUCAGUACUGUCUGCCAUUAGAGAGGACAAUUUAAAUAGGCUGGUCAUUAACAACUUGCAUUAGGUUGUGUACCCUCUGCAGCACCCACAGUCUUGCCACUAUAUAAACCUUUGUUUGUAGCCCUAUCCUCCUCUGUCUGCUGCAACAACUUUUGUUGUCCCUAUUUCCUGGCCCCUUCUUACCAUGUUUUUAGUUAUCCCAAGCUGCUGACCAGAAGCACUCUGCUCUUCUGCCACAUGGUGUGUUGGAGAUACUUUCAGUAUCUUCAGAUUGCCCAGACGUGCUCUGGCACGCUUGGAAAAAUUGUUUGCAAAGUUAAACAGAUUUCAUUCAGUUUGAUAGGGCCAAAAAAGUUAUGGUUAGGUGGGGUAAGAAUAUUAUAUGGUAGAGAAACAACAGACACCUGAGGAGUUUCAUCCUAUGAAAAACCCAUCCUAAAAAGACUUCUAGAUUGAAGUAAUAGAUGGAGGGAAUGGGGUGUUCCUGAUAUGCUGUGGAUAUUAAAGAAUAGACAUUUAUUAUGCUUGUCAAUGAGAAUAUCCUUGUCCCAGCAAAUGCAGACUUUGUUUAUAAACUUCUGCAAAUGAAGAAGGCCUAUAUGGGGUGCUGUAAUUUAAUGAGUAUUAAGGCUACGUGCAGAGUAACUUGAGUGUGUUCCAGAAAUGAUUGCACUGUGUUUGAGAAAAGACUAAUCUUGAUAUUAAAAAGAGGAAAAAGGAGUAUAAUGCUGGAGCUUGCAGAUCAGUGAUCUCAUUGAGGAAGCCACUAUAGGUCAGCUAGGUAUAUUUUCAAAGCUCUGAAUAUGACCUAUAUUGCAAAAUAAUAAACAUGUGCUAAGAUAGUGGAGUAUGCUCACAGUGAGGCUACUUGUAAAAAGUUAUGUCAAGACAUUGUACCUAUUCAGCAAUUUUCUUUGUAAUCCUGCUCUAUUUUACAAACUAAUAUGUUCCCCAGUAAGGUAUGCUAGAGAUAACGUUCCAGAUGCCUUCAUCUGCAGUGAGAAAGGAGAGGCAAUUAAAAGUCUGCACGCUGUGAAAUCUCUGGGUACAAACAGUGUCUGCACAGACUUCUAUAACGUUUUAGGGAACAAUUGGUUUUCCUGCUGUCUGGGAUGACUGAAUGCAAAAAUAGUUUUUGAAUGAGGACAGCAGCUCAGUUAUUUUCACACUGGCAUAAAGGUUUCUAUUUUUAUUUACUGAUAGCAAAGUCUUGGUGACAAACUGGCUCUUCCAGACCAGACAAACUGUAUUAGCAGUCAUCAUUUCAUCUUAGACAAAGAAAGGGCAUAUUUCUGAUAAUGUAGUGAAAGAACCUGGGGCAGAGCAGUAUCUGGUACUGGCCUCCAUCAGAGAGGAGGAAAAGCACAAAAGGACAACAUUGCUGGUCUUGGUCUGAAUUGAGUGGGGUUGCUUGCAGAAGUAGCAAGUGAGAGGACUUUUUUUAUUUAUUUUUAUUUGCUCCCUCCUGCAUCAUUAUUGGGCUGAGUGGGGAAGGAAUUUUCUUUCUCUUUAAAGGUAUGAAUAAUAAUAAUAAUAAAUGGGAUAAUUUGCUCCAAGAAAAGCCAAUACCACAUGGGAAGCAGCUACGGCUGCCCCAUGGGAGCUCUGUUUUUUUCCUUCAGAAAAGAAUUUUCAUCAUGCAAAUUCUAAAAGCCAGCAGCCAUUUAAGGGGAAGGAGAAACAACAAAAUCCUGCGUUUGCUUGUCAUUGCAGACCAAUUAUUCUUCCAGUAGCUGCACUCCUGUGUGCGGUUUUUUCGUUGCAAGUACUGCCUGUCUAAAACAUGGAGUUUUGGUCUCAGAUCUGUUCAGUUUAAAAUACAUUUUUUUAUUUUAGAUGAGCUUAAUAAAGCAGUGCACAUAUUGGUACUUAUAUAGGUAUGAAAUUUGUCUGUAACUGUUAGUUAAAAGUCCUUUUCACUGGCUUAGCAUGCCAUGUAUUAUUAUUACACUGAUGUAGCUAAAAUGGAGCUUGGUUCUUGGACAUUAAGAUGAGCCUUUUAACUUAGAUUGUGCCUGUACUUUAUAGUUUUGGGUGUUGGUGAAGUCAGCAGUGACAAAACACAAAGUGUAACUUGAUUUCUGUGGACUUAAAAUAAAUCUUCCCAUAUUUCUUUGCAUGAACAUUUUUGUUUAAAUAACUUCUGCAUUUGGUUGUUUGGUGGGAAAGCACAGCCAAAUAUCUUAAAGAGAUAUCGAAAGUCAUUUGUUUUGGCUAACAGUACGCUUUCUGUAUAC